CUCCGGUCUCGUUACCGGACACCGGACGGACCGACGUCACGCUGACUGACGUCACUUUAUUGACUAACGUAUUUAUUAAAAACUCACCUGCAGUGGAGCUUUCUUUAAAAACGCGCCAGCGUCCGCGACGACAUGCGCCACCAGGGUAGACGCCAUUUUGGAUAUAUUUUACCGGAAACUGGAGCGACCAAUCAGAAGAAAGGAAAAGAGUCUCGUGCAAAGAGUGCACGGGCUCGUGAAGAAGUCGUCACGUAUCAUUAGGAUCACGUGACGUGUUGUUGACAGUGGAAGAAGAAGCAAGAUGGCGGCCCGCUGGAGCAGCGAGAAUGUGGUGGUGGAGUUUAGAGAUGCCCAGGCCACCGCCAUGUCAGUGGACUGUCUGGGUUCACACGCCGUUCUGUCCGGGCGCCGGUUCCUGUACAUGGUGAACCUGGAGGCUCCGUCUGAACCGCCGCGUAAGAUCGGGCGUCAGAGUAAAUGGGACGUGGGGACGGUCCAGUGGAACCCUCACAGAUCAGAGUCCCACGUCUUCGCUGCCUCGAGUAACCAGAGGGUGGAUCUUUACUCCUGGAGGAACGGAUGUGGAGAAGUUCACACGUCUCUACAGGGACAUACCCGGGUCAUCAGUGAUCUGGACUGGUCCUGGUUUGAACCAGAGUUCUUGGUCACCAGCUCAGUGGACACAUACAUCUACAUCUGGGACACCAGAGACACUCGGAAACCCAGCGUGGCUCUUUCUGCUGUUGCCGGAGCGUCUCAGGUGAAGUGGAACCGGAAGAACCAGAAUCUGCUGGCGUCCAGUCACGAUGGAGACGUUCGGAUCUGGGACAAAAGAAAACCCAACACGGCGGCUGAGUACCUGGCAGCUCACCUGUCUAAGAUACACGGCCUCGACUGGCAUCCCGACAACGAGUUCAUCCUCGCCACGUCCAGCCAGGACAACUCUGUGAGGUUUUGGGAUUUCCGACAGCCCAGGAAGUACCUGAACAUCCUGUCCUGUCAGGUUCCAGUGUGGAAGGCCCGAUACACGCCGUUCUCCAACGGUCUGGUCACAGUGAUGGUUCCUCAGCUACGGAGGGAGAACAGUCUGCUGCUGUGGAGCACGCUGGACCUCAACAGUCCGGUUCACGCCUUCGUGGGACACGACGACGUGGUGCUGGAGUUCCAGUGGAGGCCGCAGAAAGAAGGCUCCAAGGACUACCAGCUGGUCACGUGGUCCAGAGAUCAGACUCUGAGGAUCUGGAGGGUGGAUCCUCAGCUACAGAAGCUGUGCGUCAGUGACGUGGUGGACGAGCUGGGGGACGGGAUGUCUCUCACCGUGGAGACAGAGAAGUCUCUGAUGUCUCAGGAGCCUGACGGUCAGUUCAGUGUCGGCCUCGCUGCCGAGAACCUGCAGGAUCAGGACGGGACUCUGUCCUCUGUGGUGAGUUCAGGUGUCCCUCAGACGUUGCAGCAGGAGUUUUCUUUGGUGAACCUUCAGAUCAGAAACGUGGACGUGGAGAUGGACGCGUUGAACCGGAGCUGCGUGGUGUCGGCUCACUUCGGCAGCCAUCAGGUUCACCUGGUGGUCAAGUUCCCCGCUCAGUAUCCCAACAACGCUGCGCCCACCUUCCAGUUCGUCUCCCCCACGACCAUCCCGUCCGCCACCAAGACCAAGAUCCAGAAGAUCCUGACCGACACGUCUCUUCAGAAGGUGAAGAGGAACCAGAACUGUCUGGAGCCGUGUGUCCGACAGCUGGUGUCCUGUCUGGAGUCAGACGUGACGCAGGAGGACGGUCCGGUCUCCGGUCCCUUCGUCCUGUCCAACCCCGUCACUCCGGCUCUGCAGGCGUUCCCUCGGGUCACCAACACGUACGGGUCCUACCAGGACGCUAACAUCCCGUUCCCUCGGACCUCCGGCGCUCGUUUCUGUGGCGCCGGCUGUCUGGUUUACUUCACCCGACCAAUCACCAUGCACCGCUCGGCCCCGCCCACUGAGCCCACUCCCAGGUCCCUGUCCGCUCUGUCGGCCUAUCACAGCGGAGUGUUGACUCCCAUGAAGAUGCGUUCAGAGUCUCAGAGCACGCUGCGUUUGUACAGCGGCAGCCCGACUCGCUUGGACAAAGACACCGUGUCCAUCUCGUCCUUCUACUAUAAAGAACGGCGGACAUUUUUAACACAAGAACCGGCAGCGAGCGGUGAACAGCUGUUUGUGUGGCGUCUCUUCCUGCUGCCGCCUUCACUCCCGUCACCUCCUGUCUCACACACACGCACACGCGCGCGAUCGUCUCCUUACAGGAUCAAACGUGAUGAUAUCAAAAGACAUAUUGUGGUAUUUUUAAAUGCACAUAUAAGCAUGAGAGAACAAACUGCUCUUAAAUCAACUCUUUAUUAGCAUAACUUCCUCAU